AUGUUUGAGAUAGAGGUUUCAGCCACAAAUAUCUUAAAAGCUGCCCGUUGUGGCCGUCGUGAUGUUCUUGCAGACCUUGUUAAUAAACGAUUAGAUAUAGACUUUCCAGAUAAGAGUGAUUAUAGUAAAAGUGCGCUACAUAAAGCAGCAGAAGGUGGAGAUAUCGAUGCUGUAAAGCUACUUAUUAGUUAUGGUGCCGAUUUAAACUAUCGAGAUACAUUGUUUCGUGCAACACCUUUACUUUUGGCUGCUUCAUCAGGAAAACUUGAUGUUUUAGAACUUUUAGUCAAGCGAGGUGGCGACGUCGAUAUCAAAGAUGCAUGGCGUCGUUCUCCUUGGCACUGGGCUGCUGUAAACGGCCAUACACACAUUAUUAAUUGGCUAUUCAAGUACUAUAGUAAUUUAAAAAAACGCCAAAAUAUAAAUGAGCAGAAGGUGAUUGAAUACAUUGCAGAUGAGAUAAACUCGAGGGAUUGGAAAAAACGAACUUCACUACACCUUGCGGUACAAGGCGCCCACGAGGAUGCUUCGAAAGUUUUACUCCAAUAUGGUGCAGAAGUCAAUUGCUAUGAUUUGGAACGUAACACUCCUUUGCAUAUUGCUGCUCGGAAAGGAUAUAAUGAAAUAGUUAAGCAAUUACUUCAAUACAAGGCUGACGAAACGCUAACCGAUAGGGUAUGCAUCGGUAUCUUUAUUGGUAGAGAUUGA